GAAGGGGAGGGGGCGGCGGCCGGAUCCACGAGCGGCGGCCGGAGACGCGCAAUCGUUCGGCUCGGGAUGCAUUCGGACAACCGGUUGCUGUGCAGGAGACGCGGGAAAUGGUGAGCGGCUGCGAGCGCCUCCUCCUCCUCCUCCUCCCCCCGGGGACCCGGCCGGCGGUUCUCUCCCUGCUGUUGCUCCUGAUGCUCAGACGGGACGCGGUUGCUCAGAAAGGUGAUGGAUGUGGAUAUACUGUCUUAGGUCCUGAAAGUGGAACAUUUACAUCAAUUAAUUAUCCACAUUCCUAUCCCAACAGCACAGUGUGUGAAUGGGAAAUUCGAGUAAAGCCUGAACAGAGAGUUCAGCUCAAAUUUGGGCAUUUUGAUAUUGAUGAUUCAGAUUCUUGUCAUUUUAAUUAUGUGAGGAUUUAUAAUGGAAUUGGACCUACAAGAACAGAGAUAGGGAAAUACUGUGGUUUGGGCCUUCAGGUGGACAAAUUAAAUGAAUCAAAGAGUAAUGAAAUUACAGUACAGUUCAUGAGUGACAUUCAUUUUUAUGGACAUGGGUUUCUUGCUUCAUAUUCAACAAUAGAUAAACCAGAUUUAAUAACAUGUUUAGAUACUGCAAGUCACUUUUCUGAGCCAGAAUUCAGCAAAUAUUGUCCAGCUGGUUGUGUGCUUCCCUUUGCUGAAAUUUAUGGGACUAUUCCUCAUGGCUAUAGAGAUUCAUCUUCCCUUUGCAUGGCUGGUGUACAUGCAGGAGUGGUAUCCAAUGUUUUUGGAGGUCAAAUUAAUGUUGUAAUCAGCAAAGGUAUUCCAUACUAUGAAAGCUCUCUGGCUAACAAUGUUACAUCAAAAGUAGGUCCUCUGUCUUCAGGUCUCUUCACUUUUAAAACCAGUGGUUGCUAUGGGACACUUGGAAUGGAAUCUGGAGUAAUUGCUGAUUCACAAAUUAAUGCAUCCUCGUUUUUAGAAUGGCCUGAGCAGCUGGGUCAACCAAGCACUUGGAAGCCAGAAAGAGCCAGGUUGAAAAGGCCUGGACACUCUUGGGCAGCUUUUACUAAUGAUGAGUAUCAGUGGUUGCAAAUUGAUUUAAACAAAGAGCAGCGAAUAACAGGUAUCAUUACAACUGGCAGCACCUUAGCGGAGUACCAUUAUUAUGUCUCUGCUUAUAGAAUUCUCUAUAGUAAUGAAGGACAGAAGUGGACAAUAUAUAGAGAACCUGGUGUUGAGAGAGAUAAGGUAUUUCAAGGCAAUGCAGGCUAUUAUCAGGAAGUUCGCAAUAAUUUCAUUCCACCCAUUAUUGCUCGCUUUGUUAGAAUAAACCCUUUGAAAUGGCACCAAAAAAUUGCAAUGAAAGUAGAAUUGAUGGGAUGUCAGUUUAAUGUUGUUCGGGCUCCAAGACCAUCAUUACCUCCACCACGCAGGAGCAACAAUGACUUUUCUUUGCAGAUUGAUAAAACAACCAUCACCCCUGAGAUUAAGAACACUAUGUUUACUCCAAGUGUAACCAAAGUUCGGUCUCCAAGAACAUCAUUGCCUCCUCCACCCUGGAGCAACAAAGAUUUUCCAUUGCAGACCAGUAAAACAACCUUUGCUCCUAAGAUCAAGAAUACUACAGUAACACCAAAUGUUACUACAGAUGUAGCAUUGAUAGCUGUUUUAGUACCUGUGUUGGUCAUGGUUUUUACCACCCUCAUCUUGAUCUUAGUUUGCUCCUGGCAUUGGAGAAACAGAAAAAGAAAGUCAGAAGGAACAUAUGAUAUACCUUAUUGGGAUCGUGCAGGUUGGUGGAAAGGAAUGAAGCAGUUCUUUCCUUCUAAAUCUGUAGACAAUGAAGAAUCAUCUGUUCAUUAUAACAGCAGUGAAAUUAAUUGCCUUAGAUCAAAAGAAGUUACUACUGUGUUACAAAGUCAAUCAGCAGAGUAUGCACAACCACUUGUGGGAGGAAUUGUUGGCACACUUCAUCAGAAGUCAACUUUUAAACAUGAAGGAAAAGAAGCAUGUUAUGUUGACACAGAUUCUUGUAACACCUCAGAACAAGAAAUAUAUCAUGCAUAUGCUGAACCGCUCCCAGUUACUGGACCAGAAUAUGCAAUACCAAUAGUGAUGGAUAUGUCAGGGCAUCCUGCAGCUCCUCCAGGCAUUGCUUCUGUAUCUACCUUCAAAGCUUCAGGGAAUCAAGCUCCUCCAUUAGUGGGAACUUAUAAUAAACUUCUUUCUAGGGCAGAUAGUCCAUUAUCACCCACACAUAUGCUGUACGAUACACCUAAAGGAAUGCCAGGACUGAGCCUUCCAAAUGAAUUGCUAUACCAAGUACCACAGAAUAUGCCACACUCCACAGAAAAUAAAGAAGAUAUAAGUUAGAGUUAGGCAGUAGUGCCUAAUUAGUGUGAAUACAUAAGUCAUUUAGACUCAUCAAUAAUCAUUCUAUACUCUAUAGGAUGUUGGGCCAAAGAAAGAUAGAAACACUAACAGUCUGAUAAUUAACAAUUGAUAAGGAUAUUCAUAGCACUGUGAAAGUAAACUAAACAUGAAACUGUCAUUUUUAGUAAGUAUUACACAAAACUGAAAUUGAUCUCUGCAAUGAAUAAACAAUUUCUAUAAAUUGGUAAACAAGAGGUCCAGAAAAACUAUACAGUGUUAAUCAUUCUUUUCUGGUUAUUGGAAAGAGUAACUUCAUUUAAAUACUACUCUUUUGUUCAUGUUAAAUACUGUAUAGUAUUUUUCAUUUACUGGAUGUAGAUUCCCUAAAGAUGGAAUUCACACUAGAACUUUCUAUAUAUUCUUUUUCAAAGACAAUAGUUCUCUUGCUUGCCUAGUAAAUGAUGGAUUUCAGAUUUGGUCCAUUUACAUAUUCACUAGGUAGCCUCAGGUUUCCCAUGUGCAGCAUGGGUAUAAGAAUGAAUCUACUUGCAGGGCUAUUUUAACAAGGUGUGUUAGUGAUUUAAGACACCCGAAGUGUAAUAUAAAUAUUGUUAUAUUAACAUUAGACUACAGAAAGCUUUACUGAGGAUUUAUUAGCUGCAGAUGUAAUCUUUUCAGCUAAGAAUAUAGUUUAUAAAAAAUAACCACCUACCCACCCUAUUGAGGCUUUCUCCCACAAUAAUAAACUGUAGACCUUAAAAGUGAUUUUUUUUUUAUUUUGAAAGGUAUAAGCACAUCAACAUAUUGUGUGUACAUUUGCAAAGACAGAUCAGGAUUUUUGUACAUUUAUAAAUGUACAGCUUUUUACAAAUGUUUUAAAAUACUUUUAUACCUUAAGAAAAAUACCCUGGUAGCUUUUAAAUUGUGAAUUCUGUUGUCAAUUAGAUUAAAAUGUGGCAACAAAAUUAAAAACAAAUUGCUGCUUGAUGUGGACUGAGAUUUAAAUUAUUGUUAAUGAGCUGAUCAUUUUGAAAGUUCAAAGUUAUAUGUUUAGCUUAGAAUUAAAGGUACUUAAUUUUGUAGUAAUUCACUUUCUCAAAAUGUAUAUAUUUGGAUUAAAUGAUCUUAUGCACAAUGAAAAGUAUUGAACACAAAGCUGUAUUACAUUGCAAUUUCAUUUCCCUUUUUACCAUGUUUAACUUUGUAUCAAGAAAGUACAUGAAAAAAUACCGUUUUAUAUUGCAUUUAUCAGCACUGUAGUGAUGACAAAAUGGAAUAUCCUUUAAUAUGCAAUAGCCCAGUUUUAUGGACUUUUAAAUGUGUUGUGAAUGUGUAAGUCAAAAGACCAUUGUAUAUAAUGUUGCUAAAUACACAAUAUCGUAAGUUAGCUCACUGGUAAAUUUAAUCCUGACAAUCACAACUGUAAUAUAAAAUGAUGUUUAAUUUCAAUUCCACAGAAAUUUGCUCUUGUGCCUUGCUCCAUUCCUCAUGUUUUUAUUUAUAAAAAUUAUAUGUAACUUAUUUUUAUUCUGUAACUAUGGUACUCUAAGGGCUGAAUGUGUGAGAACAAGCGAUGUAUAGAUUUGAUACUUCCACAUAUUCUUUGUAUUCAUUCUUUUAUGUGAUUCUUUCCAACUCAUGUGAGUAAAAUACCUGCCAGAAUGGAGUGAAGAAAUUUGUGUUAAUAUAGAACAUACAAUAACAGGGUUGGAAGGUACUUUGGAGAUUUUCUACUCCAACCCUCUGCUCUAUGAAAAAAUGUUAUGAAAUGUUAUGAAAAAAUGGUUGUCCAUCUUCUUGAAAAGUGAUGGAACACCCAAACUUCUGCAGGCAAGCCAUUCAACUGAUUAAUUGUUCUGUCAGGAAAUUUCUUCUUAAUCCUACGUUGUGUCACUCUUUAUUGAUCUUCUGUCUGUUACUUCUUGUCUUAUAAGCUUCGUUCUGCUGCUGUUAAUAGACUUAUUUGCUGUUUUAUACUAAAUCAUAGUUCAUGCUAUGCUAUGGGUAUAGCAUGUGGUUAUAACAGAGACAGUUCCCGAUAGCAUAUAAAUAUAUAAUUAAUAGUUCCUGUUUGUUUUCAAAACACAUUUCUAGAAGGAAAACAAAGGGAAGUAACUCAAAGACUGAAGUGAUAAUGACUGUUUUGCAUUUAUCAGUUAUAACUUUCAUUUCUACUCUUAGUUUAUGAUUGGAAUUGGAAACUAAGUUCUUCAAAUUGAAUUGUGUAGGUGCAUUUAAUGAUGUAGAUCAAGUUGGAUGCUUUACUAUUUCAUUCUGAUUACACUUUCUGUAUAUAUUUAUUAACACUAUUGAUAGAUUAACAUUUAAACACUAUAUAUCGUGUUUAGUUAUACCACCUAAAAUGUCAGCAUCAAGUUAUAACAUAAAAUGAGAAAAACCACUUCCCAGUGCCUAAUGAAAUAAAAUAACCUAGACUUGAUAGAUGGUGCUGAGUCUUCUGAAACUGUUGUCCAUUAGAAUUCUAGUUAUUUUUUUUAAAGAAUUUUUAAUCUAAGCCAGUUAAAAUGGCUAUAUGUAUAUAUAAUGCAAAAGCCUACAAUUUUGCACAUGUGCUAUUUCUCAUAAAUGACUGCAAAAUAUCACAAAUGCCACUGUAAGGAUGCUUUUCAAUUUCUUACAAGAAUUAUACAUACAUAUAUGUAAAGAGUCUAACUGGAAAUAUGACAUAUUCAAGAUUAGCUUUAGUUUAUUUAAAUGUACAUUCAAGGGGAUCUUCCCUUUUAUGUUUAUAAAAGGUUUUCACAUCAAAUAUUACAGCAUUAUAUAAGGAGAUACAUGAGAAAUGGAAAUGUAUAAAUACAGUAUAUAUGUCAGAUGAAACAGAUUUAUUAAAUUAAAGCACAACUUUUUAGGUGCUAAUUUCUACAUAUUAGCUCAAGCAAUCUUAUUUCAAAAUUCUUACAUUUUUGUUUUUUGUUUGCUCUAAGUUAAUACUGUUUCUCUUAAAUGAAUUCUAAAUGUGCAGAGUGCUUGUUCCUAUAGUUCAAGGAAGAACAAAUGCAUAUAAUCAUGGAGGAUUAUUUUCUUAGAAUGUACUUUCUUACCUCAGUGUGUUCUUACCUCAGCAUACUGUGGUCACUCUGUUUUUGUAUAUGAUACUAUUAUUAGGUAAUAUCUAUAACAAUUUUAAAUGUAACUUAAAAACUUUUAAAAUAAAAUGCACAAUGAAAAUGUUCUCUAAAAAAA